GGGGGUAAAUGUUGUUACAGUAACAGGCUGGCAGUGGGGCACUGGUAUUGGCAGUACCCGGGUACCCAAUGGGCAAGUCCCCAUAAUACAGAACCCUGAAACCCCCCAGGCACUUCUACCCACACUCCUAACUGUAACCACUGGGGUCCCCCCCCCCGGGGAAUGGUGCAGUCUGGGUAACAGAAAAGGGCCCAUUGCUGAUGCGCUACAUAAAUGUGUGGGGUUUGUAGGCGCAGUUACCCCGGGGGCAAACACCAAUAACUGCCCCUAUAGCCGCAGAAUUACCCCACGGAGUGCCAUGGCAGCUGGAGGCGGGAACAUGCAGAGCUCCGCCCCUUGCCUUGUGGAAGAGGAGCAGACGGCAGAGGACAUGAUGGCGGUGGCCCAGAGAAGGAAGUGGUUGGUCAGUAAGUUCCUGAGGGAGGAGCUUAGCGAGAGCUUCCUGAAGAGGCAGCAGGGGAAGGUGGAGCAGCUGCGCAGAUGUUCCUUCUACAUGGAGAUCCUGUCGGGGCAGGCGGAGCCGGAGGAGGAGGAGCUCCAGUCCAGGCUGCCAAUCAGUGUGUUCCAGUUCAUAGACCCAGAGAAGUUCCAGCGCAUGAAGAACAUGGCCGCCUCACAGACCAAACUCCAACUGCUUCUCCUGGAGAAACUCCUAGAGCAGCUUGAGAGGGGAAGGGCGGCCCUUGUGGGGAUGGUAACCGGGGGCGACUCGUGUGGGUGGGGCCGGCUCUGGCAGGGCGUGUCCCACUUACACCGACUCCAGAAGGAUUUCCUGCAUCUGUUGGUUCCCAGGAGGCUCCACCUCAAGCACCAACUUGUGGCCAACACCAGCGCGGCCAAGAUCCCGCCCCUCCGCCUGGGGCUGCGCCUGAGGAAUCCCGUGGUGUUCGACCGCGCCGGCUCCGUGGCUUUCAGAGACCGCGUGUCACUGGCGUGGCGAAGCCUCGGGCAGCCCUGCCCCCCGGAGAAGUACGAGUUGGGCUUCAGGCUGCGGGAAGAGGAGGAGGCGGAGCAAGGGGCGGUGUCUGUUAGCGGGAACCACCUGGAGAUCCACAACCUUCUGAGCGACCGAUUGUACGAGUUCCACCUACGCCGAGCCGACACUCACAUGUUGGUGUAUCAGGCCUGGCACGACUCCAUCACCCUGCGUACCUGCCCCUGAGCGCCCACUCACCCCUGGCACCCUGUGUAUCCCAUGAGCACCCACUCAGCCUCACCCCUGGCACCAACGCUCAGCCGCCACCCUUCCUCUAAAUAUGCACCAAUAAAGUGUGAGCGAACACUCACUAUGGGACUUCC